AUGCCGAUCGGCGGCGGCGGCGGCGGGGUGAUCCGCCGCUCCUGCGGUGCCUUCUGCUCCGCCAUGCCCGUCCUCCUCUCGGUCUCCCUUCUUCUCUUAACCUACCGUUGCAUCCUGCACAUCGCCGCCGCCCGCGUGGAGCACGUUCUGGAUCGCAAUCCGGAUGUUCAGUCCCUCCUUGGCCGCCUCUCCUCUUCCUCCGCCGGCGCCACCGCCGCGGGGGGCAGCAGAGGCGACCCUGGUCGGCGGCGGGAUCACCACCACCACGGCCCUGGAUACUCUCGCCGGCCCCGGGGGCGCCCACCGUUCCUCCAUCUCUCCCGCGUCGGCACCCUGGACGACGAUUUCUCCGACAUCGACCGCGCCACCGGCGACCACCACCGGCGGCACGGCGGCUGGCUCUUCAACUCCUCCACCUUCCUGAUGAUGAACACCGGCCGCGGCGGAAGGAGGCCGUGGCUCCCGGGGGUUCGGAAGAUUAGGGUUUCGGAGCCCACGGUGUUGCCCAUUCUUUUCUUUUUGGCGGAGGACGAAGACGGCGCGGGCGAGGAGGAAACAACAGCAGAGGACGGGGAGGGGGCAGCGGCGGAGAUUGAGAUCCGGAUCUUCGGGCAGGGUUUCCACCUGGACCGGCGCGACGCCAUGGUGCUGGCCUACCUUAUGAGCCUCUUCUCCGUCGUCUACUUCUUCGCCACCGUCGGGUUCCUCUCCCUCUACUCCUGCGCCGUGGGGAUCGUCUUCCUGGCGGUGGCGGAGUUCCUGCUGGGUCGCCGCCGGUCCUUCACGAGGACGAUCUACGGCGGGUGCUGCCUGGGGAUCCGGCGCGCGCUGGUGUUCGUGUUCCUGCGCUGGGUCGUGAGGGACGUCCUGGCGCAGUUCCUUUGCAUCCUCUUCUUCUCCGACGUGAACGACCAGCAGGCGGUGCUGAAGCUGUUCGUGCGGGUGAAGCUGAUGCCCUUCCUGCUGACGGCGUCCCCCAUUACGCAGUGGUCCGGCGGGGAUGAGAAAGGUCUCUGGUGGUUCCUCCUGGCGUGGGGCCUGCUCGAGAGGGUCGUGGCGCUGGUGUUCGCCUUCAGCUGGUGGGCGGCGGUGACGGACCACAACCAGCGGCGGAGGGGCCCGGAGGUGCUAUGGGAUGGGUUCCGGCAGGUGCUGGGCAUGGCGGAUCGGGCGUUCCUCCUCCGGCAGGUGGAGAUGAUGAUCUGCUGGAACAGCGGGAGAUGGGUGCUCACCGCCGUCGGCGGCUCGCUCUUCGCCGCCGUGGUCCAGUCCGUCGCGGAGGUCUUCUUCAUGGUCGUCUGGCUGCUCUGCUACCUCGACGCGAGGUCCCGAGAAGCCCGGCUCGGAGGCAGGAGAUUCGGACGGAGGAACCUGGAAGACUGCAUCCGCGGCCUCGGAUGA